AUGUUUGCUGCCCUUAACAGAUUGACUUCCAGCCCAUCUGCCUGUGACAACAAGUCUGCGGAGACAAAGGCUCCUUUCAGUCACUUACCUACCAAGAUCGAUCUUUCUUCCAUCGUUGAUAUACCUUUACGAUCGGCAAACACCAAAGGUUCAAUCAGUUGCAGCCAUGCCACUAAGCCGGGAUCAUGUGCGAUUGACGCAGUCGCUGUGGCUGUUAGCGAUAUCGACGAAUUCAAGUGUAUCGCCACUAAAUUAGAUGGAGAUACACAAGUGGAACAGUCGCAAACCAGCCUACCUGUAUAUAUACGGACCAGCCGAUGGACGGAAACUCCCCUUCAAUUAGCUGGGGAGCCCAAGACCAGAACCGACGAAGAUCCUAAUUCGUCUGUGACUUACAAUUGUUCGUACAAUUGGGGUGAGAAAGAGGAUCCGAAGGGGCUUAGUCAGACCCAACGUAAAUCUUUGGAUGAACUUGCGAAAAGUCAAGAUGAAUUGGAACGUAUAGUAGCUGAAAGGAUCAAAGGUCGAUUAGAGGCUGGGAGUAUCCCUGAUACACAUAGUGCUGCACUGAACUCCAUCCUCUCCGGGGUUAAUAUGGAAGCUUGA